GUUUUCGGUUAUGUUUUGGUCUCUGGCGGCAAAAUAAUUUUAGUUUAGUUUAAAUUAUAAUAAAUCGAGCCAAAAUGGCAAAAGCCAAAGUAAAUAAUGACUGGAAGAAACGCGUCAAGCAAGAAUACAUGCGUUUGCGGCAACAAAAAAGAUACAAAAGAGCUGAUGAUGUGAAACUGGCUUGGAACAAUAACAGAAAUAAAAUGAAUGAAACGCUAAUAAACGAGCAGAAAAGAUGGACAGAGGGAAGAGCUUUUUGGCCGAAAAAUCCGGAGUUACCUUCUCAUUCAUCUUGUAUGAAAAAAGCAGAAGUUAUUGGGAAUGAAGGAGAUAUACAAGUGGCUAUAAUUAAAAAUAUUAAUGCUGUUACUCCUAUCCCGACAAUGUACACAUGGGCACCAAUACAGCAGAAUUUUAUGGUGGAAGAUGAGACAGUUCUGCAUAACAUACCUUAUAUGGGGGAUGAAAUCUUGGACCAAGAUGGGACCUUUAUAGAAGAGCUAAUUAAAAAUUAUGAUGGCAAAGUUCAUGGUGACAGAGAAACUGGGUUUAUUGAUGAUGAGUUGUUUGUUGAAUUGGUGCAUGCUUUAAUGCAGUAUCAGGAUAAAGAAAAGCCAGAAAAAGCAGAGAAAGUUGAGAAAAAAGAAAAAGAUGAGAAAGAGAAGGAUGUUAAAGUUAAUGAUGAAAAAACUCCUUCAGAAGAGGACAAACCUAAAAAAGAAGACAUGGAGUUUCCUAUAAUGAUAAUUUUUCAGUCCAUUUCUUCACAGUUUCCUGAUAAAGGGGGACCUGAGGAGUUAAGAGACAAAUAUAUCGAGCUGACUGAAAGAACUGACCCCAACGCUCCUCCAGAGUGUACUCCAAACAUUGAUGGUCCAAAUGCUGCCACAGUUCCCAGAGAGCAAACCAUGCAUUCCUUUCACACUUUGUUUUGUCGAAGAUGUUUUAAAUAUGACUGUUUUCUACAUCGUUUACAAGCUUGCCACCCAGGCCCAAAUUUGCAAAAAAGAAGAGGACCUGACCUUAAACCAUUUACUGAUCCAUGUGGUUCAGAAUGUUUCUUAUUACUUGACGCUGUAAAAGAGAAAAUGGCCGCCAAAGCAAAACAGGAGGAGGAAACUGAAAAGGAAACGAAAGGGAAACCGGCGACAAAAGCGGCGGUUGAUUCCACAGAAGUUAAAGCAAAUGGAAAUGCAAACAAUCCAAGGAAAAUUUGCAAGCAACAAUCUGUGGAUUCUGGAAAUGAAGCCAGUUCGGAGGAUAGCAAUGACAGUAACAAAUUUAAAGAUAAUGAAGGCGGAGAUCCAGUUUCAACUACUACUUCCUUCAGCCUGUUGGGUCUAAUGGGGGCCAAUGAUCAUAAAGAAUGGACUGGUUCUGAUGAAAGUUUGUUUAGAGCUUUACACAAAGUUUUCCUAAACAAUUAUUGCGCCAUUGCUCAAAUUAUGCUGACCAAAACAUGCCAACAGAUAUAUCAUUUUGCUCAAAAAGAAGCUGCAGACAUUCCGGACGAGGAGGCCAUUCGCGAUUACACUCCUCCGCGCAAAAAGAAGAAGAAGCAUCGUCUCUGGUCGAUGCAUUGUCGUAAAAUUCAACUUAAAAAAGAUACUAGCAGUAAUCAUGUGUACAAUUUCACGCCGUGCGAUCACCCGGGGCAAAAUUGCGAUCAGAACUGUCCGUGCAUUGGGGCGCAGAACUUUUGUGAAAAGUUUUGUCAGUGCAGCUCAGAUUGUCAAAAUCGUUUCCCUGGCUGCAGAUGCAAGGCACAGUGCAACACAAAACAAUGCCCUUGCUAUUUGGCCGUCAGAGAGUGCGAUCCAGAUUUAUGCCAGACUUGCGGUGCCGAUCAGUUCGACAUAUCGAAAAUAACAUGCAAAAACGUCAGCGUUCAGAGGGGUUUGCAUAAGCAUCUGUUAAUGGCACCUUCUGACGUGGCUGGUUGGGGCAUAUUUUUAAAAGACAGCGCUCAAAAGAACGAAUUUAUUUCCGAGUAUUGCGGAGAAAUUAUUUCGCAAGAUGAAGCUGAUCGAAGAGGAAAAGUUUAUGACAAGUACAUGUGCAGUUUUCUUUUCAAUUUAAACAACGAUUUCGUUGUUGAUGCUACAAGAAAAGGAAACAAAAUUAGGUUCGCGAAUCAUUCCAUAAAUCCAAAUUGUUAUGCCAAAGUGAUGAUGGUCAAUGGCGACCAUAGAAUUGGUAUUUUUGCCAAAAGACCCAUACAACCCGGCGAAGAACUGUUCUUUGAUUACCGGUAUGGGCCAACAGAACAACUAAAGUUUGUUGGAAUCGAAAGAGAAAUGGAGUUUUUAUAAGACUUUUUAGUUUAAGUUUUAGAUUAAGUCUAAGUUGUUUUUAAU